GAAGUCCGAGUCCAACAACCGUUCGUCUUUCAUUCACAGCUUUGUAUCGACAUAGGGUCCUCUCUCUUUCUCUCGCAAUGCUGUGUGUCUUGCGAUAAAACAUUUUUUUUUACGAGAGGUUAUCAUCGUUAUCAUUGUGUUAUACAUCAAAUUCCGCGAGCGUUUUCGAGUGCUAUAUCGGGAGACUCAAUCGAAGAAUUCCUCGCUUCUCCUCUUCCGAGCGACGUGCCAGCGAUUUUAAUCAGUUCCCGACAACGUAUUCGAUAAUAUCCGAGAAUCAACCCACAAGAUUUUGACAUGGGCAUAGGCGUUGAUCAUAAGAUGUCAGAUAAGAAUCCCGAGAUGAGGGAAACUGCUGCAAGAAUUUGUCGAGAUUACUUAAACGGUGUCUGGAAGCAUGUUACAGCACAAAAUAUUAUUCUGAAACGUAUCAGUGGUGGUCUUAGUAACUGGUUGUACAAUGUCGAGCUCCCUGAAGGAACAGUUCCAGUCAGAGGGGAACCUCGUCAAGUUUUGCUACGUUUAUAUGGACAAGUACACGGAGAGAGAGCCUUGGAGGGACUUAUCACAGAAUCUGUCAUCUUCACUUUACUCUCUGAGAGGAGACUUGGUCCCAAAUUGCAUGGAGUAUUUCCUGGUGGUCGCAUAGAGGAGUAUAUACCCGCUCGACCUUUACUUACAAAAGAACUGGCAGAUUCUACUUUGAGUUUGCUGAUCGCAGAGAAAAUGGGACAGAUACAUACAAUGCAGAUACCAAUUAGCAAAGAGCCUAAAUGGAUAUGGGAAACAAUGAAUAACUGGGUUAACACAGCGACAGAUAUUCUCGAGAAUAUUGAAGAUACUGAUAUUCAGCAGUUGGAGAAUAUUAAUGCAAUAAAAUAUAUAAAUUUAGAACAUGAAAUCAAUUGGCUCAAGGCACUCGUGAUGCAGCAAAAAUACCCGGUUACAUUCUGUCAUAACGAUAUGCAGGAAGGCAAUUUACUUCUACGUCAAAAUACGCGAAAGCCGGAAUUAGUACUUAUUGACUUCGAAUAUUGUUCCUAUAAUUAUCGAGGAUUUGAUAUCGCUAAUCAUUUUGCUGAAUGGCAAUACGACUACACAGUGCCGGAAUAUCCUUUCUUUCACGAACGUCCAUCUGCUGGUCCUACAAAAGAACAAAAGCUCAACUUCAUAAGAGCCUAUCUGAAAACAUUGGGGAAAGAAGGAUCUCUGGAGGAACAACGUGUCAUGAUGGAAGUGAGAAUAUUCUCAUUAGCUAGUCAUCUAUUCUGGAGUCUUUGGAGCAUCGUAAAUGCCAAAAUUUCGCAGAUUCCGUUCGGAUAUUGGGAUUAUGCUGCUUGCAGAUUGAAAAAUUAUAUGUAUCUAAAAGAGAAGAUUAUUGCUUCUGGUCCACCAACUUUAGAUAACAGCUUGAAAAGAAGAUCUAAAGAUAUAGAUUGAAAAAACAAAAUUGAAAAGAAAAAAAAGAUACAUUUGCAAUCUAUCUUAUAACAUUUGGCUACAUAAGUAGGUAGCUUCAUUUGCUUUGUCAAUUCCAAUUGAUGGUAUUGAUAUAACUCUAGCGAACAACGAGUAACGCUUUUAACAGAGUAUAUUUAAUAGAGUACAUUAAAUCAUCAUUUCAUUCGAAAUCGCGAAAUAAUGUACUCUGCUACUUUCACAAACGUAUAAGUGCAUUGUUUGCAAUAUGACGUACGAAUAAACGAAGCAGAUCAA